UUCUCUCUCGGAGACCGGCCUCGUGGAAGCUACGGAAUUAUCAUAUCGUCGACUUGUAUCUAUCGCAGUAGAGGUGGACUCGACAGGCAGACAGACAGACGUUCGUCGAGGUUGCAGCCAUGAAGUCGUUCAUCGAGUAUUCGGCAGAUUGUGAUUUCCCGAUUGAAAACUUGCCAUAUGGAGUCUUUUCUACGAGGGAUAACCCGGAAAAGAAGAUAGGCGUAGCAAUUGGUGACAAGAUUUUGAAUUUGAGUGCUAUUACGAAUUAUUUCGACGGACCACUGUUGAAAAAUAAACAAGAUGUAUUCCAUCGUGAUUGCCUAAAUGAUUUUAUGUCUCUGGGUAGGCCAACAUGGCGAGAAGCAAGAUCGAAACUUCAAGAGCUGCUUUCCGCGAGCAAUCGUACUUUGCAAGAUCCGAAAAUCCAAUCAAAAGUGUUCGUCGCACAAAAAGAUGCUAUAAUGCAUUUGCCGGCGAAAAUUGGCGACUACACAGACUUUUUCUCAUCUCUCAAUCAUGCUAUGAAUACUGGCAUUAUGUUCCGUGGCAAAGAAAAUCCACUGCUGCCAAAUUGGAAAUAUAUGCCAACCGCCUACCAUGGAAGAGCAAGUUCAAUUGUUAUCUCAGGCACACCCAUAAGACGACCACGGGGUCAAAUGCUUCCCGGGGAGGGAAACCCACCACCUAUAUACGGACCGUGUCAAUUAAUGGAUUUUGAACUCGAAAUGGGUAUCUUCCUUGGACCGCCUACGAAUCUUGGUGACACCGUUCCAGCUUCGAAGGCUUAUGAUCAUAUCUUCGGAAUGGUCUUGAUGAAUGAUUGGAGUGCACGAGAUAUUCAGAAAUGGGAAUACGUUCCAUUGGGCCCAUUCGGCUCAAAAAAUUUGGGAACUUCAAUUUCUCCAUGGGUAGUUACGAUGGAAGCUCUAGAGCAUUUUAAGGUACCAGAUACUGUCCAAGAUCCAACGCCAUUCCCGUAUUUACAACAUAAGGAGUCUGGUAGUUUUGAUAUCAAAUUGGAGGUUGAUAUUAAAACUGCGGGUGGUGUAAAAACCACAAUAUGUCAGAGCAAUUUCAAGCAUCUGUAUUGGACUCCGCAACAGCAAUUGGCACAACAUACUGUUACUGGUUGCAAUAUUAAUUCCGGCGAUUUAAUGGCUUCUGGCACUAUAAGUGGAGAUACUCCGAGCGCUUAUGGUUGUUUGUUGGAAUUAACUUGGAAAGGCACAAAGCCUAUCGCAUUAAAAGAUGGUACUACAAGAAAAUUUCUUGAAGAUGGUGAUGAAGUUACUUUACGCGGUUUUUGUGUUGGUGAUGGUUAUAGGAUUGGUUUCGGAUCAUCUACUGGUACAUUGUUACCCGCCCACAAGCAUUAAAAUCAGUGUAUUAAAAUAAUACAGAACAAUAUUCAUUUAUACGGUGCUUUGUAUGUUGUACUUUAUCUAAUAAACUUCUCUGAUUUGCA